AUUUCCAAUAUGGCUGCGCCCAUGGAAGACAUGUCAAUGUCAAAUAUACUUCUCUAGAAAGAAUGUCUACUCAACUGUACAAGAUGUACCCAAGGAUUGUCUUGAGACUUUAUCUCCGAAAGCCACGACUUCACCUGUCAUGGCGGUACAGCAGUUCCUGGAGCAGCAGCAACGUCCGUGGCGCCUUCAUCUCCUACUUCCGCGACCAGCAUGACCACAUCCAUAUCCCCUCAUCCUCAGUCGUCCCCAACAAGAAACAAGGAACAUACUUCACCAAUGCUGGCAUGAUACAGUUCAAGCCACUAUUCCUUGGUGUCGCGCAGCCAGGGAGUCGACUUGAGGGCCUUCACCGCGCUGUCAACUCACAGAAGUGCAUCCGCGUCGGGGGCAAGCACAACGACCUUGAGGAUGUGGGUCAUGACCUCACCCACCACACCUUCUUCGAGAUGCUUGGAAGCUGGUCAUUUGGCGAUUAUUUCAAGCAAGAAUCCUGCCAGAUGGCGCUGGAGUUGUUGACGCGAGUGUACAACCUUCCGUUAGACCGACUCUAUUUCACCUACUUCGGAGGAUCUGAGCAGUUUGGACUUGCGCCAGAUGUGGAGUGCCGGGAUAUAUGGCUGACACUGGGAAGCAGAUGGAUUCGGGUCACACUCUCGUGGCUGACGCUGAUGGCUGGCCUCCGCCAGGAGAUUGGUGUCCCACCAGGUAACGGGUGUGUGUGCCGGGUCUAUGGCGGCAGUGCUCCCAACCUCAGCUUAGGCUCUGGUGUGGGGGUUUCUGUCGGGGUGCGCCGGCUCCGAAGUUUCGCCUCGGUUGCUGGCCACCCUCCGCUGUAG